AUGAAAUUCUUAAUUCUUGCAUUGUGCGUCGCUGCAGCUAUGGCUGGUCCAUCAGGAGAUCAAAUUGCCGCUGCUAAGGCAUCAUGGAACACCGUUAAGAACAACCAAGUUGAUAUUCUUUAUGCUGUCUUCAAGGCAAACCCAGACAUUCAAACCGCAUUCUCACAAUUCGCCGGAAAGGACCUCGACUCAAUCAAGGGAACCCCAGACUUUAGCAAGCAUGCUGGUAGAGUAGUCGGAUUAUUCUCUGAAGUUAUGGAUCUCCUCGGAAACGAUGCCAACACACCAACAAUCCUCGCAAAGGCAAAGGACUUCGGAAAGUCUCACAAAUCUCGUACAUCACCAGCUCAACUCGAUAACUUCCGUAAAUCACUCGUUGUCUACCUUAAGGGAGCAACUAAAUGGGACUCUGCUGUCGAAUCAAGCUGGGCUCCAGUUCUUGACUUUGUCUUCUCAACAUUGAAGAAUGAACUUUAAGAUGGAUGAGUGCAAAAAUGUGAAUUUCUAAUGUUUUGUGUAAAUAACAUCCAAGUCAGAUAAAUAAAAACAUCCAUUCACCAACUUUUAUCG